AUGGAGAGCAAACUCGUGACCGCUGAGGCGACGGCCUCCGCCGAGUACGAGAAGGAUUAUGCCAAACGGCGUGCCGCCGCCAGGGCCAAGAACCAACGCAAGAAGAGGCGCAUUCUUACGCCCGCGGAAAAGCAGCAAAAGGCUCGCGAGCUCGAAGGUCUUCUUAAGCAGACCGCAGCUUUUAGCGACAUCAUUACCGGAAAGACGCGAGCCCUAGGCCGCAUGGGCACAUCAAUGGAUGGUACCACCCUGGGCGAACAUAAUCUGGAGCUCGCGCAACAACCUAAGUGUAUGGUUGGCGGUACUAUGCGCGACUAUCAGUUGGAAGGUUUGACCUGGAUGCGCGAGAUUGCCAUCCAAGGGCUGAGCGGUAUCCUUGCCGACGAAAUGGGAUUAGGCAAGACGGUGCAAACUAUCUCUCUUGUUGCUUCCCUCAGAGAGCUUGACGAAUUCUACGGCCCGUUUCUCAUUGUCGCACCCUUGAGCACCUUGUCUAACUGGAUCGACGAGUUUCAUCGGUGGACUCCCACUGUUCCUGCCGUUGUAUAUCACGGAACGCCAGCUGAGAGGGAGAAUAUCUGGCAGACCAAGAUCAUGCGACAUUAUAAGGAUUCGCGUGCUACGAACAAAUUUCCCGUCGUCCUGACAAGCCCUCAAAUUGUCCUUCGAGACCGUGCCACCUUGUCUCGCGUCGGCUGGGAGUUCAUCAUUAUUGAUGAGGGCCACUGUAUGAAGAAUUCCGAUGCGAGGCUUUACCAAGAACUCAAGGUGUUCUCCUCAGCCACACGAUUUCUAAUCACAGGUACUCCUUUACAGAAUGAGAUGAAGGAACUCUGGUCUCUACUUCAUUUCCUCCUGCCGUCAGUCUUCAAGGAUUGGGAGGCAUUUGAUUCUUAUUUCGACUUUACCGGGCUGGAGGACGAGGAGGAGACGCAGAAUUUCAUCUCAGAUGAAGAGAAACAGGAAUUGAUGCGUAAAAUCCACAUCGUCUUGCAGCCCUUGAUGCUUCGCCGCGUCAAGGCCGACGUAGCAAGCUACCUACCUCAGAAGCGCGAGUAUAUCCUCUACGCGCCACUGACCAAAGAACAGACCGACCUCUACAAGGCCAUUAGUGAUAAGAGUGUUGAUACCCGCGAGUUCCUGCACGACAUGGUUGCCAAAGGCAUAAACGAGAGGUCUGUGUCCCAGUCAUCUACGGGCCUGCUUACACCGCAGCCUUCGCGACAUGGAAGCGCAACACCAGCUGUGGCGGGCGUGAUGGUUGCCACCCCUGGCACCGGAAAUAAGCUUCCCGGCGCAGCUGAACCCAAGGGCAAGAGGAAAGCUGCCGCCCCGCCCGCCAAGGUAGCUGAAGAGCUCUCGAUCGAGCAGGGAAGGCACCCUGCAUCGGGCCGCCGCAGUGGUCGUGUCCGGACAGCAGCCAAGGCAGACGCGUUUGCCGACGUUGACGAGGAUCAAAUUGAUGAUGACGAAUUCGAGGCUCGUCUUGUCUCGGAAUACGAGAACCAAGAGUUAAUCAAGCUGGAGGAGAAGCAGUCAGCGACGGACUUUGCUCUCGCCAACUCAUUCGAUAUCGCUAAGAAAGAAUUGGCCAAGAAGAAGCUAGGGAACCCCAUCAUGCAGCUUCGGCUCGUGUGCAACAGCCCGCACAACUUCUACAAUCCCUGGACCUAUGUUGUUCAAAAGGACUCCAAGGUCUUGAUAUUCUCGCAGUUCAAGACUCAGCUCGACAUCCUAGAAGACUAUUGUAACCUUCGCGAGUGGACUUGUUGCCGCCUCGAUGGCUCUGUCGCGCAGGAAGACCGGCGGGCCAUGAUUAAGCAGUUCAACACCGACAAGAAAACCCGGAUUUUCCUUCUCUCGACUAGAGCGGUGAUUGGAACCCUCAGCAAGAUCUCCAAGCCCAGGAUCGGUACCGUGGAGGAGGAUCUAUUGUCGAGCGCGCAGGCUAAGCGAAGGCUGGAAAAACUUGUCAUCCGCAAGGGCACGCUUAAAACUAUGGGUCGGAAGAUUACCGACGACUUGAGUGACUUUGAUCGGGAGACACUCCGCGCUCUGCUGCUGAAGGAUGGAAAGGUGUACAAGCACUCGGGCUCGGAGGAGAUCCUCACAUACGCCAAGGCCGCCAAGGGCGAUGGCAACUCGAGCGGUUUCAGGGUCAUCGAGACUGCUGCCGACGGAAUCCGGGAUACAGCAGCCUCACAGGAUGCUGCGGAAGUCAAGAAACCCUGA